UAUUUCUCAUCACACAUUGCUCAGACAAACCCAUCAACCAACCAGCCAACUCUCUCUCUCUCUUUCUCUCUCACUGAUCAGUGGCGAAAGGCCAUGGCAAUGGCCCUCAGAGCCACAGCCACAACUAGACCUUCUCUCCCUUCUCCUCCUUCCUCCCCAUUUCCACCCCCAAGAACUCUUUCUCUCUCCAAAAAUUCAUCCAAAUCUCAAUUCAGACACUCCUCUGCUUCACUCCCAAUCUCCACCACUCUCUCCUUGUUUGCCCUCUUUUCAACCCCACAUGAAGCCAAAGCUCUCAGCCUCUCCAACGAUCAGAUUGUCUCUUCUCUCACCCAAGUGGAGAAGACAAUUGAUCAAGUUCAGGAAGUGGGUUCAAGUUUUUUCGAUGUGGCACAGCGUGUUUUUCGGGGUGUGGCUGAAACUGUGAAACCUGGGAUUGAUGUGGCAUUGCCCAUCUUGAAACAAGCUGGAGAUGAGGUGGUGAAGAUCGCUUCGCCAGCAGUUUCUGAGGCUUCAAAGAAAGCCCAAGAAGCAAUUCAGAGCUCGGGUUUCGACACACAACCUGUUUUAAGUGCUGCUAAGACAGUUGUGGAUGCUGCACAACAGACCACCAAGGUGAUUGAAGUCGCCAAGCCUAUAGCUUCAUCAACAGUUGAGACCAUCUCUUCAGCAGAUCCUGUUUCAAUAAUAGCAGCUGGUGGAGUAUUAGUCCUUGUGUACCUCCUUUUUCCUCCCAUCUGGUCUGCCAUUUCUUUCAGCCUUCGUGGGUACAAAGGUGAGCUCACUCCUGCUCAAAGCCUUGAUCUCAUAUCCAGAAGUAAUCAUCUAAUGGUUGAUAUUAGAUCAGAGAAGGACAAGAACAAGGCUGGUAUUCCACGCCUUCCAUCUAGUGCUAAAAAUAGAAUGAUUGCAAUCCCUUUGGAAGAAUUACCAAACAAGCUGAAAGGCCUUGUCCGAGAUGCAAAGAAAGUAGAAGCUGAAAUAGUGGCUUUGAAGAUUUCAUAUUUAAAGAAAAUAAACAAAGGCACCAACACCGUGAUCAUGGACACGUACUCGGAUUCAGCCAAAAUUGUUGCAAGAACACUCACAAGUCUUGGAUUUAAGAACUGUUGGGUUGUGGUUGAUGGGUUUUCUGGAAGAAGAGGGUGGUUACAGAGUCGGUUAGGAACAGAUUCAUACAAUGUAUCGUUUGCCGAGGUUUUAUCGCCAUCUAGGGUCAUCCCAGCUGCAGUCCAACGUUUUGGUACGACUAGCUCUGCAAAGCUUCUCCCCGGGGGCUCUGAUUAAUUAGUUGGCUUGUUUUGAUUAUGAUAGUGUUGUAACUGUUCAUCCUUGGUUCAGUUAAGAGUCCUUUUACUCCUGUUCUCUGUAAUUCUUUGACCAACGUGUGCAAUUUAAUUGAUCAUCCAUUGCAUCUUUGCCAUCAGACUUGAAA